AACAUGUCAGUACCGCCCUCACCCCGUGCGCUGCGUGUCCGUCCUCUUUAUACCCCGCGCAUGUCUUCUCCGCGCGUGCAGUCAAGUGCCUGUGUCGCCCCGCACGCCCUCCCUGUGUCUGUGGUUCCCUCCCAGAGCAUGCCGAGCCACACCCACCCAGAGUCAAGCUCCCGAAGCCCCUCACCCCCACAGCAGCACGGUUUGCCACCCACUAAGAGGGAGGGGAAAACCGAGGCACCGGAGGGACAGUGCCUCCUCUCUCUGAGGACCCAGGGGCCCCGCCCACAGUGGGUUGGGUCGGUACUGAAGGGGUUAAACCGGGGGGGAAGAUUGAGGUUCCAGGCCUAGAGGCAGAUCCUGGGGCUUCCUUCCUCCUGGUGAAAGGGUGUCGCAGCUGCGGAGGUUUCCAUUCCCGAGGCAUGACCAUGCAGCUAGGCCCGGCCCUGGUGCUAGGGGUGGCCCUGUGCCUGGGGUGUGGCCAGCCCCUGCUUCAGGGCCCCGAACGCCCCUUCUCGGUGCUGUGGAACGUACCCUCAGCACACUGUAGGGCCCGCUUUGGUGUGCAUUUGCCACUGGAGACCCUGGGCAUCAUAGCCAACCGCGGCCACCGUUUCCAUGGUCAGAACAUCACCAUCUUCUACAAGAACCAGCUUGGCCUCUAUCCCUACCUUGGGCCCAUGGGCACAGCUCACAAUGGGGGCAUCCCCCAGGCUGUGCUCCUUGACCGCCACCUGGCACGGGCUGCCUCCCAGAUCCACCGCAUUCUGGGACCUGGCUUCGCUGGCCUGGCAGUGCUGGACUGGGAGGAAUGGUAUCCACUCUGGGCUGGGAACUGGGGCCGCCGCCGAGCCUAUCAGGCAGCCUCAUGGGCUUGGGCACAGCAGGCAUUCCCCGACCUGAACCCCCAGGAGCAGCUCCACCAGGCCCGUACUGGCUUUGAAAAGGCAGCCCGUGCACUGAUGGAAGGCACGCUGCGGCUGGGCCAAGCACUGCAGCCCCGUGGGCUCUGGGGUUUCUACCACUUCCCAGCCUGUGGCAACGGCUGGCAUGGUAUGGCUUCUAAUUACACGGGCCACUGCCACGCAGCCACCGUCACCCGCAACACCCAACUGCAUUGGCUCUGGGCUGCCUCCAGCGCCCUCUUCCCCAGCAUCUACCUCCCACCCAGGCUGCCUCCUGUUUACCACCAGACAUUUGUCAGGUACCGUCUGGAGGAGGCAUUUCGUGUGGCCCUCGCUGGGCACCCACAUUCCCUGCCUGUCCUGGCCUAUGUCCGCCUCACACACCAGUGCUCUGGGAGGUUCCUGUCCCAGGAUGACCUUAUGCAUACCAUUGGUGUGAGCGCAGCGCUGGGGGCAGCCGGCGUGGUGCUCUGGGGGGAUCUGAGCAUCUCCAGUUCUGAGGAGAAGUGCUGGCGUCUUCAUGACUACCUGGUGGAUACCCUGGGUUCUUAUGUGAUCAACGUGACCAGGGCGGCCAUAGCCUGCAGUCAUCAGUGGUGCCAUGGCCAUGGGCGCUGUGCCCGGCAAGACCCAGGACAGCUGGAAGCCUUUCUGCACCUGCAGCCAGAUGGCAGCCCUGGAACUUGGGAGUCCUUCAGCUGCCGCUGUUACUCGGGCUGGGCUGGCCCCAACUGCCAGGAGCCCAGGCCUGAGCCUGGGCCUGAAGCAGCAUAAAGCCAGGAGUCACCUGCCCCAACCCUCUUGUCCCUGCUGCCAUUUACCAGUCCUGGAGGAUUCUGUCUCUUGUUCUAUUUAGCCUAGCCAAUCCUCUCAUACACACACCCCACCUCCCAUGAAAGAGACCAGAAAAAAAACGUUUACACCGUUUUAAAACCAGGGCCCUGUGAGAUCACCUGAUCCCUCCUAAAAAGAAGCAGCCCCAGGGAGAGAGAAGGUUCCGGAUGGUUAGGGUCACCAGCCCAGGGUUCAAUUCCUACACAUCACUGGGUCCAUGAAGUGGUCACAGGAGACUUACCACUCCAAGGGCAUGUAGGCCCCAUUAUCUUGGCUAAGGUAUGUAAGCUGUUGUCUGUACUUUGCUUUCUUUCAUCAUAAAGUCAUUUUUUCUUUCAC